GUAUUAGACUAGACUAGAUCUUUAUUUUCCCUUUCUCACUUUAGAUCUAUUUCACGAUUGCACCUCGCUGCACUCCUCUCCCUCUCCCUCUCCGCCAUUGAAGCGUUCUCUGAAUUCUCCAUUGAAGCGGCUUUUGUGCUUUCUCUCCUCCAUUGAACCAGCUUCUGAGGGAUUAGGGUUUCAUAUAAGUUAUCUUGAAUUGAAUAGAAAUGGCCGCUUCGGAAGAAAAUAGUUCACUGUUUCCAAUUUUUAUAUUGACGAUGAUGGCAUUACCUUUAGUGCCUUACACAAUUAUAAAACUGUGCCGUGCUGCUAAGAAGAAGGCGAAAAGCUUACAUUGCGAAUGCGCUGUAUGCACCCGGUCUGGAAAAUAUCAUAAAUCACUAUUCAAAAGGAUUUCAAACUUUUCCACUUGGAGUAACAUGACUCUUGUGUUGCUGUGGGUUAUCAUGGCCUUCUUGGUUUAUUAUAUAAAAAAUAUGAGCGCGGAGGCUCAAGUGUUUGAGCCAUUCAAUAUUCUUGGUUUGGAACCUGGAGCUUCUGAUUCAGAAAUCAAAAAGGCUUAUAGGAGGCUUUCUAUUCAGUACCAUCCUGAUAAAAAUCCAGAUCCUGAGGCUAACAAGUAUUUUGUGGAGUAUAUUUCAAAAGCUUACCAGGCCUUGACUGAUCCCAUUUCUCGUGAGAAUUAUGAAAAAUAUGGUCAUCCAGAUGGGAGACAGGGAUUCCAAAUGGGAAUAGCUCUCCCUCAGUUCCUAUUAAAUAUUGAAGGUGCAUCUGGCGGGAUACUGUUAAUUUGGAUUGUUGGAAUCUGUAUCUUGUUGCCGUUGGUCAUAGCUGUUAUUUAUCUCUCAAAGUCAGCCAAGUACUCAGGGAAUUAUGUCAUGCAUCAGACACUUUUGGCUUAUUAUCACUUGAUGAAACCAUCACUAGCCCCGAGCAAAGUUUUGGAUGUAUUCAUCAAAGCGGCUGAAUACAUGGAAAUUCCAGUCCGAAGAGUUGAUGAUGAACCACUUCACAAACUGUUGCUGUUAGUAAGGAGUGAAUUGAAUUUAGACAGCAAAAACAUCAAACAAGAGCAAGCUAAAUUUUUAAAGCAGCAUCCUCCACUAGUUAAGACACAAUUGUUAAUUCAAGCCCAUUUAACAAGGGAAACAGCAGGCCUACCUCCAACACUAAAUGGUGAUCUGAAACGUGUCCUGGAACUUGCACCUCGUCUUCUUGAGGAGUUGAUGAAGAUGGCUCUAAUACCACGCACAGCUCAAGGUCAUGGGUGGCUUAGGCCUGCAAUUGGGGUUGUCGAGCUUUCUCAGUGUGUUAUUCAGGCUGUUCCUUUGAGCGCUAAAAAAGCUGGAGGAGGGUCAACUGAAGGCAUUGCACCUUUUUUGCAGCUGCCACAUUUUAGUGAGGCUGUUACCAAAAAGAUUGCUCGCAAGAAGGUGCGGACCUUUGAGGAGCUUCGAGAAAUGACUCAACAAGAGCGAACAGACCUGCUUUCCCAAGUAGCUGGUUUUUCUGCCGCUGAAGUAGAGGAUGUGGAGAGGGUACUUGAAAUAAUGCCCUCCCUAUCUAUGGAGGUCAAGUGUGAAACAGAAGGUGAAGAGGGUAUACAGGAGGGUGACAUUGUGACAGUUCAAGCUUGGAUUAAACUUCAACGCCCUAAUGGUUUGAUUGGUGCUCUUCCCCAUGCCCCUUAUUAUCCGAAUCACAAGGAUGAAAACUUUUGGUUCCUCCUUGCCGACCAGAACUCCAAUAAUGUUUGGUUUUCCCAGAAGGUCAACUUCAUGGAUGAAGCUACAGCUUUAACUACUGCUUCCAAGGCAAUCGAGGAAAUGAUGGAAGUCUCAGGUGCCAGUGCAAGAGAAACCAGCGCAGCGGUUAGGGAAGCCGUUGAGAAAGUAAAGGGAGGGUCCCGCCUCGUGAUGGGGAAGUUCCAGGCCCCAGCAGAGGGUAACUAUAGUAUGACAUGUUUCUGCUUAUGUGAUUCUUGGAUUGGAUGCGACACUAAGACAGGUUUGAAGGUGAAGAUUCUCAAGAGGACUAGGGCUGGCACUAGGGGUGGUGUCAUCACAGAAGAGGGUCCUUUAUUGGAGGAUGGGGCUGAAGAAGAAGAAGAGGUUGAGGAUGAAGAAUAUGAUGACGAUUAUGAGAGUGAGUAUAGUGAGGACGAACAAGAUGAACAAGACACAAAGAAGGGCACCACUGCAAAUGGUGAUGCUCAUCGGAAGAAUAAGCAGUCAAGUUCUGAAGGUUCAGAGUCAGAGGAUGAAUAGAAACACAGAUUUAAUUAGAAUAAUAAACUUCUCUCAAACAGGGGUUUACUUUUAUUAGUGCAAUGCGAAAAUUUACAAAAUCUGAGAUGCUUGAUCAAUUUAUACAUUUUUGAUAGGGACCAAUUAUAUAAUUUUUAUUAGAUUGCGAGUAAUGUUUGGAAGGUCUCCAUAA